AUGAUUUCACAAAAAUUCCGUCAUGUCAUUUCCCGGCGACUCAACAGUGGGCUAAAGAUGGCAAAACGGCCGCUCUCCGACUACACCCAGUUCCAGAGGGUUGUGAGUCAAGCGCGAAGCAUCGUCGCCCUCACGGGGGCCGGAGUGUCGGCAGAGUCGGGGAUUCCCGUGUUCAGGGGCGCCGGCGGGCUGUGGCGCACACACCGCGCCACCGACCUGGCCACCCCGACCGCCUUCAGGGCCAACCCGGCCCUAGUGUGGGAAUUUUACCAUUACAGAAGGGACGUCGCUUUUAACAGCCAACCAAACAAUGCGCACAAAGCCUUGGCCAAGUACGAAAAGAUUUGCAAAGAACAGGGACGCCAGUUCCACGUAAUCACGCAAAACGUUGAUGGUUUGCAUAAGAGAGCCGGGUCGGAAAACGUCCUAGAACUGCACGGGAGUCUCGACAAAGUUAUCUGUACUAAAUGUAAACAAAUUGAAGUUAACACCGAAAACCCGAUUUGUGAAGCCUUGCGUGGCCGGGGGGACCCGAGCAAAAGGGACCAAGACCUGCCUAUAAUCCCACUGGAAGAACUUCCGAAGUGCUCCGAAUGCCAGGCAUUGGUUCGGCCUUACAUUGUUUGGUUCGGCGAGAAUUUAGAUCCUGACGUUCUUGAUAGAUCACGACAAUUGAUCGAAUCGUGUGAUUUGUGUCUCGUUAUCGGCACUUCGUCAGUUGUGUACCCUGCGGCGAUGUUUGCACCUACUGUGGUCGAGCGGGGGAAACCCGUAGCCGAGUUUAACUUAAACGAAGAUGCGUUUGAUGACGCAUUUAGUUUUUAUUUUUCCGGGCCGUGUGGCGUUACGUUACCCAAAGCGCUUGGGAUUGAUGUGUAAAAAGGUAAAAAAAAAACAGGAGUUUUUAUUACAUAUGUAAUUAAUUUAAGAACAAUAACUUAGUAAUAAAUACACUGGACAAAUGAGAUUAUGAAAUGUAAUUUUUUGGGUAUUUGCGUUUUUAGUUCAAUGUUUGGUCGUUAAAUUUGUACAAAGGAAUAAAUAAAGUGUUUAAUUAUUAAGUCGUAGCUAUUGCACUAGUCGGUACUUAGAAAAAUAAUCUGUAUGAAAGUCUGGUUGGGCGUUAUUGUCAUUCGCUUGCUACCCUCGUGACAGCCCAACGCAAUUAAAGCUAUGACAAGAAACAUAAUUGAAGGCAUUCGUUAUGGACAGAAUAUAUUUACAGUUCAGAUGUCCCAACUGAAGAGAUGAUGUUUGACUAACAUAUCGCGAACACCAUCCUUCAGUGGUUGGUUAUUGGUUUCUUUUUUAACGGGAAGCUCCCAGUCGGGGUUCAAAUUAAACGACAGUUGCGAUAAAAUUCGUAAAUCACAUUUGAUCUGCACCCAACCCGGGCUGUAAACGAACGACCACGGAUGGUACCUGAAACAUCCAUUACGAGACUGAAAACUGACCCGGUCGAAUUACCAUUUCUGAACAACUUCGCUGCAAGAACAUAGGACUUCGAGCCAUAAGUGUAAAACUUGCUCGUUCAAACCCAUACAAAUCAACGAGCGCAGUUUAACAUCCAUUUGAGCGUGCGCAUUGUCAUGAGACAGGUUGACCGACUGGACGCAGCGGUACAGCAACUGAAAGUACUUGAAAAUACAAAUUAGUCAUUCGGUGGGAACUCACUUCUUCCGGAGUUAGAACUUUUCCGUCUUCGUCCAGUCUGUAUGUUUUGCAAAGAACUAGCCUACUAUACACCGAAUUAAAGUCUUUUUCAACCUCUUUCGUUGCCGCUUCUUCUAUGAAAAGCCAAGGAUGGCAAGGUCCACC